GUGUGGAAGAGAAACCGAAGGAAUAUCCCAAGCAAGCAGUCAAGCGCAGUCUGCUGCGAAUGUAGUCUGUUCGGCAUGAUUGUGUGUGCAAGAAGGUGAGUCAAGGUGCAGUGUAAGGUGUAUGUGAACCGUGUAAACCGUGGGGAAACCCUAUAUCAACAUCAUGUUGAAUAAGUGAGAGUGAACCAGUGUGAUCUGCAAGGGUGGAGGUGGUGGGGGGGAGGAGGUGGUGUUUUCAUUUGGUGUUGAGUGCUAUCUGUUAUCGUAUACAUUACCGGAAGAGCGACAUUGUGUUCAACUCGUUCUUUUUUUCUUCUGUGUUACGAUAUUCUUAAAGGCGUGACGUCACACCAGAACAUGCCACGGCGUAAAGGACAAGGAAUCUCCCCUACAAAGAGGACGGUACACAGCAAGGAUGAACUUCAGUCUAAGAAGAAGGAAGCUAACAGCAACGAAGAUCCAGGUGGCGGUGGUAUGUAUACAGGAGUGGGGGUAGGAGAUGGAAUUCAGACUGAUGACAGCUAUUCAUCCUCGAACACUUCCAAGUCAACAGACACUACUUCAGCCUCCUCUGAUCUCAGUAACAGCAAGUACCUGCAUAAAAAAUUCAAGAAAAUGGCUACAGCAGCACCUGUUAUUGCUCCUCCCCAAGAGCUCACUGCCAAUGACACAGUGGUUAGGGGUCCUGUAAUGGAAGUUGGACGUAUUACUACAGGGUCCAAGAUACCAAAUGCUUUAAAAACUGUUAGUGUCACUGAAGGGUUAAAGGGUAAAGUAGAAACUGAAAGGGACUCAUCCCCCAAAGCUGCAUCAAGAGGUGCCUCUCCGUCAGUGUCAACAUCUACAGUUCCUCCUGCAUCGCUUCUGCAAUAUUCUUCAAGCAGUUCUACUUCAUCAUCAUCUUCAGUGCCCCAUCAGGGACGUUAUGUGUGUCCAUAUUGCAAGUUAGCGUGUGCCAAGCCCAGUGUUCUCCAAAAGCAUAUCCGUGCGCACACAAAUGAACGACCAUAUCCCUGCACACCAUGUGGAUUUGCUUUUAAAACAAAAAGUAACUUAUAUAAACACUGUCGGUCAAGAGCGCAUGCUCUGAAGAUGGAAGAGGAAGGUUCCAAUAGUGGAACAAAAUUCAGCUUGCCAUCUGCUGAGUCAUCAGAUGUGGAAGAUGAUGAGGAUGACAACUGCAGCAACAGCACUUCGCCACUGCCAUCUGUGAGCACUGCUGCGAUUGUAGCGAACACAACGGCUUACUGUAAUAACUUCAGCAUGUCUUCAAAUAUCCCCAGCUACAUUACAGCAACUACAACAGUAAUCACUACUGCAACUGUUAGUACAAUCUCAGCUACAUCAUCAACCAGUGAAAAUAACAACAAUCAAGAAAAACCAAGGCAAAUCUACAAACCCAAAUUCCACAAAGCAGCUUUAUAUCAAGAAGAGGAGCAGCAACAAGCAGCAGAAAUUGCAAUGACAGCUAAAAUUAAAACAGACAUUAACAAUCCUACCACAGCUAUGCAGUUGUCAUCAGCUUCAUGUCUGAAGACCCCGCCUCCAUCCCAGUUUUCUCCCACAUCCACCCUGAUCUCCAACCUGAAGACCCCAUCUUCCCCAAGCCCAGAGUUUCUGCAUCGACACAUCAGUAAGAUAAUCAGUGACAACCAAGCAAUUGUAGAGACUAUAGAUCCACACUGGUCCAAGAAGUUUCUUCAACGUCAAAGUAGCAGAGAGCAGCCAAGGGAAGGAUCACCUGGAAGUCCUUUAUCUCCUUUAUCUUCUCCAGGGGUUGAUGUAGCAACGCAGUGGCCAAAAAAACUCUUCCAUCGUCAGAUGUCACUAAAUGAUCCAGUUAUGUGUGGAAGCUCUGACCCUGAGAGAGUUAAAUUAUCUCUUCAGCACUCAGCUCAGUCAAAACUUGCGCUUGCCCUUCUUCGGCCCAGUAGAUAUGAAUCAGCCUCGUUGUCACCAAGACCUUCAGAAAGUCCUUUAUCUGCUGCCUCAAGCACACCUGAACCAUCCUUAUCAUAUCAACAACCUCUGAAUCUCUCAACAACCCACAAUACAAACAGCAAAGUGAAUAGUGAGGAUCCAAACUCCAGUAUGCAUCGAAAACGUUGUUUUUCUGAAGGAUUUGUAAAUACUGGGGCUGGACAGAGCCAUUCUGUGAGUUCAGCAGCUGUUCUCAAGGAUCAUAACAUAUUAACCACGACAAACUGCCAUCGUGGGCAAUCAAACUCGAAACUUGCAAGAUUAGAUAGCACUGGCACCACCAUUGUCUGCAUAGAAAGUGGACAGAAAAAUCAUACUAAUGAAAAAUUAUUAUACCAUCCGCAAAAUCCUGAGGGUUCAAUCAUUAAGGACCUUCUCUUGAAGGCAAGGGCUGCUGCUUCAGCAGGAAUUUCUCAGGCUUCUGGGGUUUAUACAACUGGAAUGAUAGACAUCAUUUCAAAUACGGAAACAUCCACCAGCACACCAGCCAUCAACAUGGCGUACCUUCAGUCCUCAUACAACUCUGAGGAUGAUGUAUAUUUUUCGAACUGUCAAUAUGUUUGUUCCUUAUGUAAAAUACCUUUCCGAAAUGCACAGAAUCUAGAAAUCCACCAGCGAUAUUACUGCACAGGAGAAAGCAGUUCAAAAAUAAUGAAUAAUACAUCACCACAACAUAGUCCAAAUGCUGCAAUGAAAUAUGUUUCAGUUUCAUGUCAUUCUUUAGAUUUGCAGCCACAGGUAGCUGGAAGUGCUGAAGAUGCUGUACGCGUGGUGGGACAUACAAUAAAAGGUUCUGGACUGCAACCACUGAAUGUUGCCAAAGUAUCGCCGAAAGUUGGAAAACAAGAAUUCAAACCAUCACCAUUAACAUCUCCUUCAAGAGAGAGUGGAAAAGCUCCAGCAUUAGUGGUGCCUCCAUUCCCAUCACCAGGCCCCCUUCUUGGGAACACGCCUCUUGUUGACAGCUACCACCAGCUUAGCCUUCAGCAGCAGAAAAAGAGGGAAGACAAUGACAGUGAAGACACAGUUGAAGACCUGCAUCACAGGGGUCCUGUUCUAAAGAGACGAAGACUUGAUUCUGAACUUUCAAGAGACACCAGCUCAACAACAUCGUCGCCUGAUAUCAGGCCACUGUCAACCACCCCACUUUCUGGCAUCAUCUCUCCUUCAACUACUACCCUCAGAUCUUUGGAAGAGCUUUCGAAGUGUCCAAUGCGACCUAAUUCUCUACAGAUGUUUGGAGGAGAGGUUCAGAUCCUUGAUGGUGCUGGUGAAACAAAGACUAUGAGAAUUGAACCAUCAUCUCGAGGAGGCAAGAGCCCGGGAGCACCUGGAGGAACUGCUGAUCUGAUACUUAGUCUUCCUAAUCAUCUCCAUCCUGGAGGGGUUCUGGUAUCUUCUGCAAGCAGUAAAGGAGGAGCAACUGAAUGUGAUGAUGAAGUAGCGCCAGGCAGUGUUUCUCCCCACAUCGUUGUCACAAUUGCAAGAUCUGGCCUCCAUUCUGGUGGAACAAUAGUUCAGGUCCCACAGAAAUCAUGUAAUAAUUCAGGCACUGUCUCUUCUGGGCAUGUGAAACCUCCUCGCACAUCAGGUGGUAGCAUCAAUCCUAUAAGUGCCCCCAGUCCAAAAAAUAUUACAUUGCCACUGCCAAAACAGCAGCAGAAGAAUGUCACUGGUGGAGGGAUGAUACUGCAUUCUGUCUCUCCAUCAACAUCUCCAUACUGUACUGGAACACUCCUAACUUCAAACACAAACACGGUCACUAAUACAUUUCCUGACACAUCUAAACUUCUCACACCUAUUGUACCAAAUAUUGCUACCCCAAACUUGGCAGUCCCAGGGAUUCCAGCCCCAAACCUUGGUCAUCAUUUGCCCUUCAUGCCAUUUGCACCCUUUCUGGCAGAUGGUACACUUUUAAAUCCUCUGACUAGUAUCACAGCAUACAACCCAUUGACCCUGCCACCACACUCUGGCAUGCUUCAUCAGUCAUCUCAAGUACUGCAAAGUUUGUCCCAGCCUCAGACCAAGGAUGAGAAGAGUCCUGGAGCUGUUACUUGUUCAUCCAUUCCACGAGACAGCAAUGUCCCUCCUCCUCCAUACUCUGGGGAUGUUGUGACUAUCCUUCAUGGUGGGAAGCCGAUUCCUUAUGUACCUGGAAUGCCAGGCCCUCAUACUUUACUUCCAGUAGUUCCAUCUCCAGUUGCAGUUAGAAAAGAGCCCUCUCCCAAACCACUCGACCUUGCAAGCCCUUCACGAGAAACACAUUCAUUCAAAAUCACAGAUCAAAGCAAGGCAACCCAGCAAUCUACAUCAUUUCUUCUGAAAAACCUUAAAGUUUCUGGGACAUCAAAUAUAAGCACUGCGACCCCAGUCCCAUCUAGUCAUUAUCUUAAAGAUGAUUUUCCAAGAAUUGUCAAUUCGAAGGUACCUACAAAUACUUUACUAAAGAUACCCAAAACUCCAACACAACUUAUACCAAGCAUCAAAGUUGAUACUCCUGCACCAACCACUCAUCCUUCCACUGACAGUACUUUAUCCACAGUGGAAGAAUCUGCACAGAAUGUUUCAAACUCAGUAUCUCCUCCUCUUCAGAAAAUGUCAAAAGGAAUAAGACCAGAUAUAUUACCAGUAAUGGCCCCAAGAGAAAUGGGGAGUGAAAAGGAUGAUAAACUGACUAAGGAUUCAUCAAAGAAGACUGAAAAAUCCAAUGAAAACAAUGAAGAAUCCAAGACCAAAGCAAGCAGUAAUGGGAGCAGGCCAAAGUUCCUCCGGCCAACAACACUGCCUUUGAAGCCAGGGACUUUCGUUCCAAAGAAGCACCAUGGAACAGGACUGACCCCUACAGGAACAGUUCUAUCACUCGUCAGCCCUGAGACACCACGUCCUAGGAAAUCUUAUGGACAGUUGUACUUGAAUGGACAUGCAUACACAUAUCUAGGCCUCAAGUGUUCAACAAGAGCAUUCUUCUGUACGCUGAACAGACCUCAGCCUAUGUAUGUGCCACAAACUCCUGAACACGCAAAGCUAUCCAUGUACUCCAAUUGGAAGAUUUGUUGUGAAGCCGAUCCAAAUCCAUUUGGUCUGGAUCCGGGUCAUGCAAUGGCAUUCUAUGAUUCAAGGCAUCGACCUACAAUGUACUCUAUUGCCAAACCAUCUGAAAAUAAGCCCAUGAUAUUGACUCAUUCAUCAUACUGGCUGGAAAAGAACCAGCCCCAGCAGAAUGAAAAACUGAAGGCUGAUGAGAGGAAGUAUGACAAAAGUACAUCAUCAGACAAAUCUCAAGGGGAUGCAGGGAAGGACAAUGGGACCAAGACAGAGGUAGUCGAGAAUGCAGCUGUGUCAGGUGAGCUCGUGCCUCGUAGAGUGAAGAUUUUUGACGGUGGUUUUGAGUCUAAUGAGGACUACAUCUAUGUCAGGGGACGAGGCCGUGGUCGUUAUGUAUGUGAGGAGUGUGGAAUUCGAUGCAAGAAACCAUCCAUGCUAAAAAAGCAUAUACGCACCCACACAGAUGUCCGACCAUUUACAUGCAAACAUUGCAACUUCAGUUUCAAGACAAAAGGUAACCUAACUAAGCACAUGAAGUCCAAGGCCCAUUACAAGAAGUGCAUGGAGCUUGGGAUAGUGCCAGUUCCAACUGUUGUUGAUGACAGCUAUAUUGACGAAGAGUGCCUUAUUAGACAGCAAGCAUUACGAGCAUCUCGAUGUGGAGAUGCAGAAUCAGACACAGAUGAAAAUGAAGAUGAGGAAGAUGAUGACGAUGAUGAUGAAGAGGACGAGGAAGAGGAACAGAAUCAGGCCGAUGUUGACGAUACAAACGUCAGCAAGGGUAAACUUGAACGUGAAGCAGUAUGUGGUCUGCUGAGCCUGUCAGAGUCUACACGUGUCAGUUCAUCGUCAAGCCAUUAUGUCUCUGCUGGUCUGAUUCCGCCCUCUUCACGCUGUGGACGCCCCAGUACUUAUCCCUACAGCUUGACCCUGCUCAUACCUGGACCCAACUGUCAUGGAAGUUCUUUCAACGCGCCACAAACGCCAACUCUAACAGCAAUCAGUGCUCAGACAGAGCGAGAGAAGGUCUCCAGAAACACAGGAUUAGCCCUGGAGUUGCGUAAUGGGGGGGAAGGAAAGUUAAAAGAAGAAGAAGGGCGUAUGUCCAGUAUGAUCCGUCGAAGGGGUAAUGCAGCUGCAUUGCUUCUGAUUCCACCACAGCAAGGAGACACCAACAGGUAUUACUUCCCAUCGUGCCGGACACCGACUGUACCAGUAGCAAUGUUUAGCAAAAGUCUGACAGCAGACAAAUCAUCAGUAGAUGGUGAGUCGGAUUCAGACUAUGAUCGGGAUAACUCAAGUGCAGUGCACACAGAUGAUGAAGACAGCGAGCAGAGUGACAGUUCACUGAGAGACAAACCCCUUUUGGAAAUACUUGUAAAUGAGAUAGAAGCACUGGAAGGUAAUUCAUCAGGCAUCCUUCUGCCAAUGGAUCUGAGUAGUAAAACUCCAGUAACUGCAAGUGCAAAGAAAACAGCGACACUAAUGCCGUACAUCCCUCCUCUGUCAACAAAUGGGGCCAGGACUCCUACAACCCCAAUUUCCGAGAUACUGACACCCGUAUCAGAACCCGCGAUUCUUCUAGCUUCGUUGUGCAGCUCAGUGGAACGCUUUCCAGUUUCUAAUACAAUGCUCGUGCACAAACAUCCUGACCCAGCAGAAACCACAAUGCUUCAAGCUUACCUUACAGAACGUGCAUUGCAAGAUGUACGCAUGAAGCAGCAUCAGUUCCAUCACCAUGGUUACAUUACAACAACCUGCACUACAGUAUCAUCAACAUCCACUGCAUCAAUGCCAGUGCAAGAAGUGACUGUUGUAACAAAAUCCUCAGUAGACAACACUGUCCCCAAAGAAAAUGCCCAGGCCGUACCCAUCAAGAUACAAAGACCUGCAGCUGAAGUGCUCAGUGCACAAAUCACAGAUGCUGAGUCUGACACGUCAGAGAAGCCAAGUAUUCAGGAGCCUUCUGAACAAGUAAAUGGCUACAAACCUCAAACAUCAAGUGGUGAUGCUGAAAAUGAAGUGAAUUCAGUUUCAUGUGAAAAAACUAAGAGCAAGGAAGGUACUUUACUGAAGAUACAAAAUUCCACUCUUUUAGAGAAGAAGAUGAGUCUGGUACCAAUGGGCAGUAACAAUAUUGUAAGAAAUGUUGUGGUUGGUGGGUAUUCAUUCAGUGGGCACCAGCCUUCUUCACCUCCAACCUCAUCAACAAGUGGAGCGAGUGUCACUAAAACUUCAUCUCCAACAAAGCCCAAAGCUGAAUUUUUACCUCCUUCAAGUGGACCAUCACCAAGUUAUGUGAGCAUGACAGACGAUGGGCGUAGCAUCUGUGUCAUCUGUAAUAAAAUCUUCUCCAAGCCAAGCCAGCUCCGUCUUCAUGUCAACAUUCAUUACUUUGAACGGCCAUUCCGCUGUGAGUCUUGUGCAGUGUCUUUCCGCACCAAGGGACAUCUUCAGAAACAUGAACGCUCUGUUAGUCACCAGAACAAAGUGAAUAUGAAUUCAACAUUUGGUACCCCAACUACUACAAAUCCACGUCCAUUCAAAUGUGAUGAUUGUAAGAUUGCUUUCCGUAUCCAUGGACAUCUGGCAAAGCAUCUGCGAUCCAAAAUGCAUAUCAUGAAGCUUGAAUGUGUUGGGAAACUUCCUUUUGGUACAUACGCUGAAAUGGAGCGCGAAGGCAUCAGUCUCAAUGAAAUUGAUACCACAGACUGUGACAACUCACUGGAGAGUCUUCAGGUGCUUGCUCAGAAACUCUAUGAAAAAGAUCCUACCAAACUUGGUCAAUGGGAUGGAGAGAGAGGUGAGAUUGUGACCUCACACCCUCUUCCACAAAUGAGUGGGGGUGAGACAUCAUCAGAUGAAGGCGAACCUCUGCUAGGAUGUCAGAGUCCCCCUAACAUAAUGCAUAGCAGUAGUGCUGGUGUCCAGGAGACCAGUGUCUCAAAUCGAGACAUUCUGCUGUUACGAUCAAGUACUUCUGACAGUAGCUUCAGCAAGCAAGAGUAUGAAUAUGAAAAGAAAGAAGAUGCUGGUUCCCUUAGUAGAGACCCUAGUUACAAACAAGAUAUGAGGAAGGAUGGUGUUUUGAACCAAAGCCCACCAAAACUCUGUAUUUCCACUGAAAGCCUUGAAUCACCUGUCUGUGACACCAGGGAAUUUGUUACCAACUGCAGUGCUUCCAAAAACCCAACUUCUACCUACCAACAAAACACAAGUGACACAAAUGCUUCUGAGUGGAAUAAUGGCUUCAGCAGAACUCAAGUAAAGACAGUCUGUGCCCCUCUGAAACAGUUUAACCAUCAUGAUUCAGACAAAAAAGAUACUGUUGGUCAUGUGUCUGAGGUAGUUGGGAAUAAAGGUCAUGAUGGUCGGCUGCCAGACUGUGGCAUGGAGGGAAACCAAAGCAAGGAAGAACCUUUGAAUAUAAGACAGAGGGAUGACAGCGGUAAUGUCCAGCCACCAGAGGAUGCGGACUAUGAAGAUGCGUCUGAUGGAGACAAUGAUGGUGGCCAAAACUCCACGUUCAGCUGUUCAAUCUGCAAGCAGACAUUUCCUAACUUAGGAGCUCUGCAGGUCCAUUUGUUUGUCGAGCAUGACUCGAGCACAGACAUGAAUGAGGAUGCUUCACAGUCCACUGCUUCCAGUACCACAACUUCAGACAAUCCUGUCAUGCUCACAUCAAAAGUGCCAACAUUACAUAAACAAAAAUUAAGCAUACCAAUGCUUGUUUCAGCUGAUGAAAUGAGCAAAGGUUUGACUGUGAACUAUCUAAGUCAGUUUCGUAAAAGGCCUUCCAUGACAGACAGUGGUAAAGAAACACAGGACUUCAGUUUCCAUGGACCAUUUUCCAAAAGGCCUACACCUGAUCACCAGGAUUUCAAAGUAUCCAGUCCUACCAAUAUGCCCAAAAUGGAUGAAGGUGAAUUUGAAAGAAGAGGCAAUCUUAACGGUGAGAGUGACUCUUUGAACCUCGAAACUAGAGUAAUGGCAGCAAGUGGUAGUGAUUCAGAAAGUACAUUCGCAACUUCUGAUAGGUACCGGGUGACUUUAAAGGAUGGCUUUAGGAGAUCAGAAUGUAAAUCAGUAACUAAUAUGGAUGCAUCAGUAAAAGAGAGUGACAAAAUUCAGAACACAGCAGUGGAAGGCUCAGAUUUUGAAAAGGACACUGACAUACAUUCGAAAGGAAAAGUGACAGAAGAGGAUACAGAAGGUCUUCAUGUUUCAGUAGCUGAAGUGGCAGAAACGUGUGUUACACUAAGUGAUUCAAAUAUUCAGUGCCAGAAGUCGGAAACUAACAUCGCUCAAACAGAACUAAAGGUGUGCAGUUCCGACAAAUUAAGACAACACAAUACAGAUGAAAGUGCCAAAAGUGAUCAGCCUGCCAGAAGGGAUAACUGUGAAUCAUCAGAUAGUAGACAGUCACCAACAAGUGAGCAGCAGAAAGGGGACAGUAGUGCUCCAGAAAGCCACCAGACCAAGCACAACUGUGAUCUAUGUGGAAAAGUGCAAUCAAGCCAGGAAUCUCUUCAAAAACAUCUCCUGUCCCAUGCUCAAGCUAGGCCAUUUGUUUGCAAAUUCUGUGAUGCUGGUUUCAUCUCUCAACAAUUACUUCAGAGCCAUCUAGUAAUUCAUCAACAAAAGGACACACUGACUGCUUUGCAGUGAUUGUUGCCUGUCUCUUUGUACUGAACAGGAAUAUCGUUUCUUGGUGAAAUAUUUUGGGACAAAAACUACUUGUAAUGGUGUAAUAAUUAUGUUGGCAGUACUUUUGAGUGAUCUUUUCAAAGCAUGCAGAUUGUACUCUGAAUAAUCGUUUUCUUUGGUUCAAGUGAGUGACAGUUUUCUUAAAUCAGGGAUUCAGUUAAAUUUAUAAGAUUUGGUAAUGAAUGUUUCAGCCAACCUUGUUUUGACUAAGAUACGAUUAUUCUCUGCUUUGUGGUUUAGUGUCAGACAGUGACCUGAACAAGAUAUAAACUGUAAAGUGUUUUAAUUUUGCUUCACAGGUUUUAAUGUUGCAACAGAACAGAGAUUGAUUUAAAUCCAAACAUAGAUUUUAUCCAUUC